CUAGCGUUGCGCAUGGUUUGUCAGGGGUAGGAAGUGUCCAUUGUAAAUCUAGAAAAUAUGGGUAACACGUUAAGUGGAACUAAAUGAGACACUGAGCGAAACAGUUGGCAGCUAUAUUGACAACAGGAGAACUAGAUCGACUCUGGUGGUAUCGAAGCAAUAAAAACAGACUUUGACUUGUGCGCCUUGGCGUAAAGGUGGACGAUGGGAGCCGUACUAGGGGCCUUUUCUGUCGCAAGCUGGAUUCCAUGUUUGUGCAGUGGUGCAACGUGCCUCAUGUGUAGAUGUUGCCCACGCAGCAAGAACUCUAUUGUGACGCGCAUCAUCUAUGCCUUCAUCCUGUUGCUAGGCACCAUCGUUGCCUGCAUCAUGCUGUCGCCGGGGGUGGACCAGCAGCUGAAGAAGAUACCUGGCUUCUGUGAAGGGGGAGCCGGCUCGAGUAUCCCAGGCAUCCAGGCCGGUGUAAACUGUGAGAUUUUUGUGGGCUAUAAGUCGGUGUACCGUGUGUGCUUUGGCAUGAGCAUGUUCUUCCUGGCCUUCUCCCUGCUCAUGAUCAACGUGAAGAACAGCAGGGACCCCAGAGCGGCUGUGCAUAAUGGGUUCUGGUUCUUUAAGAUUGCUGCUAUUGUGGCGAUAACUGCUGGUGCCUUCUACAUUCCGGAGGGGCCUUUCACUCGCACAUGGUUUGCUGUGGGAGGCUGCGGAGCCUUCUGCUUCAUCCUGAUCCAGCUGGUUCUGCUUGUUGACUUCGCUCACUCCUGGAACGAGUCCUGGGUGGACAAAAUGGAGAGGGAGAAUGCCAGGGCCUGGUAUGCGGCCCUGCUCUCAGUGACUGCACUCAACUACGUCCUGUCUGCUGUGGUCAUCGUGCUGCUCUACGUGUUCUACACCCAGCCAGAGGCCUGUGCCCUCAACAAGUUCUUCAUCAGCUUCAACAUGCUGCUCUGCGUCGUGGCCUCCGCAGUGUCCAUACUGCCAAAAGUGCAGGAAUCUCAGCCGAGAUCUGGACUUCUCCAGUCUUCCAUCAUCACCCUCUACACCAAUUACCUCACGUGGUCUGCCAUGACUAAUGCCCCAGACCGCACUUGCAACCCCAGCCUGUUGAGCAUCAUCCAGCAGAUGGCGGCCCCCACCAUCGCCCCCCUGGAGGUGGAGAACCAGACUGCGGUCGUCAUCAUCGGCACGGAGGAGCCCGUCCCCUCCUCCCCCUACCUGCAGUGGUGGGACGCCCAGAGCAUUGUGGGCCUGGCCAUCUUUGUCCUCUGCAUCCUGUACUCCAGUAUACGGUCAUCCAACACUAGCCAGGUGAACAAGCUGACCCUGGCCUCCAACGACUCCUCCAUGAUGGAGGAGAGCUCCACGGGGAUCCCUGAGGACCCAGAGGUGGAGAGCGAGGCUCCCCGGCGUGUGGAAGACAACGAGAGGGAGACGGUCCAGUACAGCUACUCUUUCUUCCACUUCAUGCUGUUCCUGGCCUCCCUGUACAUCAUGAUGACCCUUACCAACUGGUACAGUCCCAGUGCAGACUACAAUGCCAUGACCAGCAAGUGGCCCACUGUAUGGGUGAAGAUAACCUCCAGUUGGGUGUGUCUGGCCCUCUAUAUGUGGACACUAGUGGCUCCAAUGAUCCUCACAAACCGAGACUUUUCUCCCAGCUAACAUGUUACUUCUAGAGUUUUCUAGAGUUUUCUCCCAACUGUCAGGAUCACUGGAUGUCACUUAAUUUUGUACAUACUAAGGUAUAAGUAAUUUAUUGUGAUUUUGUUUCCAAAUGUGUAAUCAUUUUCUGUUUAUUUUUGUGAAGGACUAGACACCGUUGUUUUAACUUCAGUUAUGUUUUUUUUUUUACCUUUGCACUGACUAAUUCAGACAAUAUGUGUCAUGAUGUUCUGGGAUGAGUUUCAGAGUUGGACCAAGCUCUUAAUGUAAGUUUUUCCUUAACAAAAUGUAACACAUUUUUGUAAAGUACUUUGAAUAAUGGCCUAUUUGAUACAAGUUCUCCUUGUACAAGCCAAAUGGUUGGGUUUGUUGGUUUGUUUUUAGUAGAAUUAGUAGAUCCAAAGAAAGCUGCCAAAGUGCAGGUUUUUAUCGUAUUUCACUCCAUCACUCGAACACUGGGUCCCAUUCCAUUCACAAGUCCUCACAGACCGUCAAAUGCUCAACUUGCAUCUCUUUGUGCACUUACUCCAAAGACAGUAUUGGUUAAAAGUCAAAAUCAUAUUUUAUUUAAUAGACUGUGAUACAGUAUACAGUAUCUACUUGAUUAUUUACUUUUGAAUGGUUAAUGCUUUCAAAUCGUAAUGUAAUGCAGACUCAUGUUGCUAUCAUAUUUUAGCCACUGUAGUUUGCCAAUAUGCCUUUUUCACCUUACCUUUGAGUGUAUGCUUUAUGUUGUGAAUAACAAAGAAAUGUAAAACUAGAUAAUAUCGAUUGUAGAAAAAGUAUUUUAAAACUUAAAGCUAUUUGAUGGUGAAAUGUCUAUACUUCUGCCAAAAAUCUGUUGAACACUGAAACACUCUGAACUUUUUGUUGGUUUGGCACAUUUGCAGUUUUUCUCAGUCGUUUUGGCACAUUUCUCAAAUCCGUAUACAAUUUCUCAAAACUUCUUGUUUAAUCUUAACAUCAUCUAGUCAUUUGUGCACAUAACAGAAUUUUUGUUUUUUUUACAGUUAGCCAGAAAGUGUUAGUAAGCCUCAAUGUUGUUGUUGUAAAUAUUAGAAAUGAUAACUGCACUGAAUGAGUGAAACAAUCCACUGUGCCAGUUAUAAUUGCUCAGUAAAUUAUACAUGCAGGGAAGCCCUGAAGAGGUCUCAUUUAUAUCAGUCAAUAUAGAAUGGCUAUAAAGAUGAAUGAAUGUGUGAAGUCAAAAUAGAAUGGCUAUAAGGAUGAAUGAAUGUGUGAAGGAAAUAAAUGAGAAGGUUCAAACAGA